AUCAAGCAGAUUCUGUUGAGAGACCACAGUCGGUUCAGAAAGAUUUCCUGUCCUGGAUUUGAAGAAACUGUUCUUUUGAGCAGAAAUUAAUUUCAUCAGUAUCUUGAUCCGUCAGGCCAGGUCUGCAGCAAUGCAUCGCUUCAUUUCCAUCAUGUUUUCACUGCUAGUCAUUACUGGGCUGCAGGUGAGCGUUGAGUCCGCAGGAACUCGUUCUGAGCGAAGCGUCGACAGAGAUUACAGAUCGCUGCUGACCGUGACGAAUGGAGGGGGCUGGGGGUCGUGGGGUCAGAGGGAAAUGUGUCCAGCUGGAACGUACGCCGCAGGAUUCAGUCUAAAGGUGGAAGAUCCUAUUAAUGGGGAUGAUACUGCACUCAACGGGAUUCGCCUUCACUGCAUUAACACUAUUCAAAGCUCAUCACACUUGCAUCACAGCUACUCCUCAGUUUCGUCAGAUGUAGGCAGCUGGGGUCGGUGGACAGAUAUCAAAUGGUGUCCUUCUGGAUUCUUGGCUUCUUUUCAGCUGAGAGUCGAAUCUUUUCAAGCAGAUGGUGACGAUACGGCCGCAAACAACAUCCUGUUCAGAUGCAGUCGAGGGUCUUUCCUGAAGGGUGGCGGCACAAACUGGGGCGAUUGGGGCACCUGGAGUGACUCAUGUGAAGGAAAAGGGAUUUGUGGUCUCAAGACACGGAUAGAAGCGCCUCAAGGACGAGGAGAUGACACCGCUCUCAAUGACAUGAUCAUGUACUGCUGUGAUUAAGGUGUUACAUGGGACGACAACAAGAACAGAAAGAUCAGAUGGAUCAUAAUUGAUCAGCAUACUGUUAUGAGCUCAAAUUAACCAUGUGAUACAAUAGCUAAUCAAAAAAUGAAGCCUGAGAUGUGAUCAGGAUCUUAACACAAAGCAUCACAGUAUCUCACUUUUUGUGUCUUAUCAGUUCAUGCAUUACACCAUCCACAAACUCCAUACUCUACAUUAACAGUUAAGCUGUCAGUUCGCUUUUUUCUGAGUGUAUAAUUAUAUCCUAACAUCUAUUAAAAGAUCUAUUUAACUAGAAA